GGGCUCCCCGCCCGCCGUGACCCGCCGCCUCUUCCCUCCCGUGCAGCCGGGGCGCCGGACGGGGCGGCCGCGCUCAACGGCGACGUCUUCCAGGAGUCCAAUGGCCCCACGGACGCCUACGCUGCCAUUGCCAAGGCUGACCGGCUGACCCAGGAGCCCGAGAGCCUCCGCAAGUGGAGGGAGGAGCAAAAGCAGCGGCUGCAGGAGCUGGAUGCUGCCUCCAAGGUGCUGGAGCAGGAGUGGCGCGAGAGGGCCAAGAAGGACCUGGAGGAGUGGAACCUGCGGCAGAUUGAGCAGAUGGAGAAGAACCGGGUUAACAACAGGAUUGCUGACAAAGCCUUUUACCAGCAGCCGGACGCCGAUGUGAUUGGCUACGUGGCCUCGGAGGAAGCCUUCCUGAAGGAGUCAAGGGAGGAGGACCCAGGCACGGAGUGGGAGAAGGUGGCGCAGCUCUGUGACUUCAACCCGAAGAGCAGCAAGCAGAACAAGGACGUCUCCCGCAUGCGCUCCGUGCUCAUCUCCCUCAAACAGACGCCCCUGGCGCGCUAGCCCAGCUGGAGCGCCACCGGGGCUGGGGCAUGGCCCUCCACCAGCUUGCCUGGAUGCGCGCAGCAUGUGGGGCCCGUGGUGGCCAGCAGGGGUACUGCCCCUGCCGCGAGCACCUCCUGCGGGCGGGUGGCUGUUGCUGUCCCCCUGGUUUUCCUUUGCUUAAAGGGUGCGUUGGUCUUUUUACACUUAUUUAUUACCGUGGUGGUUCCCUUGGUGGCGGAUGGGGUGGCUGGGCUGGGGCUCCUCCCUGCCAGGCCCCUGUUGCAGGUACCUCCUCCCCAGCCAGUGCCUGGGCCCAGGCUGGCUGUGAUGUCAGAGGUAGGAGCGUGACAUCACCGUCUGCUUCUGGCUCAGCUCAUGAGGAAUUGGGAUGUGCAGGGCUGGGGCAGGAGCUCGGUGGGCAGGAGGGCCUGGUGCUGUGUGGGGCUGGAGAUGCUGAGCAGAGCAAGGGAGGAGCCUCCCCCAGGGAGCUUGUCCUCUGGGUCCCACUAGGACCUUCCUACCCUCUGGAUCCAGGCUGAAUGGAGCUGCCUCAGUGACUUGCUGUGAGGGGAUCCUGAGCUUGGGUGGCUGACUCUCCUCCUCCCAGCAAGGCUUUGGCCCCCUUGCUGGUAGCAGGGGGAGGUGCUGGCUCUGUGCUGGGUAGGUCUGACCCAGCCCCUUCUGGCUCAGCCCCCAGCCCUGGGAUCCCAGCCUGUGCUGAGGCCUGGUCUAGGAGCCUGAGAUCUGCUACCUGUUGGACUGCAGACACCAUAUCACCUCUUGGGCACGUGCUCAGCCACCUGUCUGUAAGGGCCUGGUGGGUGGGGAGGGCUGGUACAGCUGGCAGGGAACUCAGGGCAAAGUCCACAGCACAUGGGCUGAGCCUUGCCUUUAGGAGACCCUUUCCAGCCCCACCCAGGCUGGCUCUGUAGGGUGUUGGCUCUGGGGUGCAGGAGGCUGCUGGCUGGGUGUGGAGCUGCCCAGUAGGCAGGACUGUGCUGCUUUGCAUAGCCAGGGCUGAGCUGGUGCGGGGAGGAGGGGAUGGCAGCCCAUAAACCCAAGCAGCUCUGCCUGCCCCUUUGCUGCUCCAGGGGCCAGAGAGUGUGGGGCCUACCUCACUCUCGCAGCCCCUGGCAGAGCCCCCUUCACUCUGCCCUAGGAAGCCUGUUCUGGGAAGCCCCAGCGUGGCUGUUGCUUGGGCCCCGCAGAGAGCAGGAGCCCCCAGGCUUCCCCAGCCAGCCCUGACUGCUGCUGUCACCUGGGAGAGAAGGGCCUGUCCUGGGACACAUGGCUCUGGGGAGGGCUGCGCCUGUGGCUGUUCUGUGUGUUCCCAGCUUUGGUAUCUGUGACCUUGUCUAAGCCACUUGUUACAAAUAAACUGACAACUCCAAACC